AUUCUCAGUUUAGCAUGCAAUCAAUACACACCAUACACACUGCCACCUGAUUGAACUUAGCUCAGCACAGUGCGCACCACAAGUACUUAGCUUACGCGCACUGGCUCAUACACACCAGGUUUAUGCAUGUGGUUUGGAAUACAAAUUGUACACAUACUUCGUGGGCUCGUGUGGCUUUAUGUUUCUACUCACACUCAAUUCGGUUGUUGUUGCCGUUCUCGUCAGCUUUUCGAUCAGUUUAAGUCUGAGCAUCAAAUCGGUUGGCUUGCUAAAACGGAGUGCAAACACAAAAGUCGCAUCAUACAUUUGUUGUUGUUCUUUUUUUUUCUGCGGUUGUUUCUCUUAAUUCUGGUGUCGCAUUGCAUUUUUUUCUUUCGAUUUCUACUCGGAGAGUUGUUUAUCGUCUCGAUUGCUGUUUAGAAGUCGUAGUGCUAUCGUCCGAUGAAUCACUCUUACUUUUUUGCAUUCAACGAAUCGUUCUUGUUUUAUCAAUGUGUUGAGCACAUUGUUUGACGCUGUGUUGGGUUAUUAGUUCGGGCAGUUUUUUAAAAUCAUUGUUUUCGAUCAUACCGUACAUUUCCGUUGGAUAAUUGCAGUGUGGACACUACGAUCAUACAAUUUUUGUGUCGAUAUUUCCAAAAAAAAAAAAAAAAUUGUCGACGAUAAAAACAACCACACAUAUCGUGUUGACUGUCAAUCGUUCAAUGUGCAUUUUCAACGUGUCGAAAGUGAAAUCGCAGUUAUGCUUAUGAAUCAUAUUUAACGCGAUCGCGAGCAUUUUUCACAAACAAAACGAAUUGUGUGGCGCGUUUCUAUUCUUUUUUUUUCUUCUUCAUUGGAAUUUGCAAAAUCAACACGCACACACAUCAAUUGUUCAUUUGUUACAAAUUGUUGUGCAAACAAUAAAUAUUGAACGCGGCGAAAAAAAAAUUAAAGGUUAUUGAAACGGUCAUUUGUUACCAUACAUUGGACACUGUCGAUUUCGUUUAAACGUGUAAACAACGAUUCUGCCGAAGACGAAAUUUCGAUCGACGAUUUUCAAACCGACGAAGAAAUAAAGCAACUGCGUGUUUAAUAAAAGACCAAGCAUUAAAAUUUAUUAUCAGUUUCAUAAUUGAAUAAUCAUUCCAACGGAACACAGGAAUACAAUGGCACCGGAAAAAAAGUCCCCAACACUACAAGAUGACCAGAAAUUUACGUUGAUGAAGUUUCGAAGGACUGUAGCGGAUAUCACAAAACCUGAACACGAUGACUUUUACUUGAUAAGAUGGCUCAAUGCACGGAAUUGGGAUGCAAAUGCAGCUGAAAAAAUGCUUCGUGAAUCGAUGAAAUGGAGAGAGCGAUGGAAUGUGGAUAAUAUUUUGGAUUGGAAAACACCCCAACCAUUAGCCGACUACAGUCCGCAUGGAAUCAGUGGUUUCGAUAAAGAAGGAUCACCAAUAAUCGUGGUGCCAUUUGCUGGCAUGGAUAUGUGGGGAAUGCUGCAUACGGUGUCCCGAGCCGAUUUUAUUCGAUCAACUAUUAAAACGUUGGAAACGUAUAUGAAACUGGCGUUCGAACAAAGUGUCAAACACGGGCCGCAGGCAAGGCAGUUUGUCGUUCUAUUCGAUAUGGCCGGAUUUAAUGUGAAACAGUAUACAUGGAGGCCAGCUGCUGAAGUGGUCAUAUCCCUCAUCAAAAGCUACGAAGCAAACUAUCCGGAAAUCCUGAAAUGUUGCUACAUCAUCAACGUGCCUAAGGUAUUUGCCAUCGUGUUCAAUAUUGUGAAGCGCUUUUUGGACGAGUAUACGUUGGGUAAAAUUCUCAUUUUCAAGCAAGAUUCAAAAAAAUGGUUGCCAAAAAUGUUGGAACACGUCGAUCCAUCACAAAUACCCAAGUAUUUCGGUGGCACUCAAACUGAUGAGGACGGAGAUCCAAAGUGUAUGCAUAAGGUAAAUUGGGGUGGUAAGGUGCCGAAGGAACUCUAUAUAAUGCGCGAUGAAAAAGACAAUAACAAUGAGGAUUUCGUCGAUACGAUGAUAAAAAAAGGUUCGAAAAUCAAAUUGGAAUUUAAAUGUAAGGACGCUGGAUGUGCCCUCAAGUGGGAAUUCCGAACGUUCGAUCACGACAUCCGAUUCGGUAUCAAGAGGAUUAAUGAGCAAACGGGCGAAGAGAAUAUCGAAGUCGAUAUGAAACGUGUGGCCUCGCACCAGCUUGAUGAGGAAGGCUAUAUUGCGUGUCAACCGGAUUGGACCUAUGUGGUAGUUUUCGAUAAUUCCUAUAGUUACUUCAAAAACAAGCGAAUUCGAUACCAAGUAAUACUGUCGGAGCCGGUGAGCGUGGACGAGCUGGAAAAAGGAGCAGCAAAAUUGGAGUGCGAAUAAAAUAGCAACAAUAACAACAACAGCGGCAUCAGCAGUAGUAGCAGCAACAGCAAUACACCGCAUCAUACACUCUCUAGCUUACUCCUUUUUCUAUCUAUCUUCGUUUACGGCUGCAUCCAUAGUUAUUGUUUUUCUUUGUUUAGGCUUUUCGCGUUGAACUCAUCCAGUGUAUCCCCCGUUAAAUGCUGCAUUAGCAGAAACUUGGCAAGGAACUUGUGUAUUCCAUGUUUUUAUUUCUCCUAAUUAAGAAUAUUCGUUAAAGUUUUGCGUUUUGGUCUGUGCACGAAAUCUAGCGUGCAGCAAGGAUUUUCUUCAUAUAUUUUUUUUUUCAUUUAUUGAUAUACCAAAAAUCAACUGUGUUUUCUUAGCACUUUUCUUGUACCAUUUUUCCUUUUUUUUUGCUCUCCACCUAGAUUGUAAAAUGCUACAAAUGAUUAAAAAUUGCGGAUAAAUAUGAAUUUAAAUAAAAGUUUCGAAAAAAAGAGAAGAAAAAAAGAAGAAGAGUAAGGAA